AUGACCCCGGGUGUGCAGGCCCCGCCCCCUCCAGGAGGUGCCAGUCACCGCUCCCGUGGGGACACGCUCGCCCGCGACCGACCAACACUUUCCUGUCAUCGCGCCCCCGCCGGGCCCAGGUGCCCUCUCGCUUCCCCCCCCCCAUCCCCGGAGCGAGACUGGAACUCUCAGGGGUGCUCGCCCGGCUCGCGCCUCCCCUCCCGGCCCCGCCCCCAGGCGCGCGCGCACGCCGCAAGUUCUCCAUGGCGUCUCUCGUCCCUCCUGGCCCUCUGGUUCCUACGCCGCGGCCUUGCCGCUCGGAGCUCCGCGCCGUCUCCGCCACGGCCGGUGCCACCCGCGGUCAUCGCCGACGUCCAGGACCUCGGGAGCCGGGGAAGGGGCUGCUCGCACGACAGGGGCGGGGCGAGGGGCGGGGCGAGGGGCGGAGAGGGAGGGGGUGGAGCCCGAGAAGGAGGAGGAGCUGCUGAGCGCAGAGCUGCUGCCGCACGCCGCCUCCCUGCGCGUGUGCGUCCUGACGUCAAGCGCCCGGACGGAAGGACGCCUCGCGUCCCAGGUCACCGGAAGGGCGAGGGCGGGACCGGGCGGCGAAGCCGGAAGGAACGGGGACCCCCGGGAGGGGCGGGAAGGCGGAACACAGGUCACCGGAAGGGUGAAGGCGGGAACAAGCGGAGACGCCAGAGGGGGCGGAGACCCUCCCGGAGGGGCGUGAAGGCGAGGGAGGCGGUGGAGCGGAGUCACGGAAGAGGCGGGGUACUAGGGCGGAAGUGCGUACUGAAGCCGGAAGGGAGAGGUUGCGGACCUGACCGAGACAGGCUGAUUGGGCCGGGAUGCCUGAAAAGGCGGAGCCACGAGCAAGGAAGAGUGGCAGAUGACGGAGGCCGCCGCCCUGCUGCCGCAUGCGCUGCGUGCCUGGUCGGCGGUGCUGCCCACCAGAGCCCCCGACGGCAGGCUCGUCUAACGCAAGGGCAACUUCCAGGUCCUGACGGGUGGGUCGCCCCGACCCCUCCGACCGGACCCCCGUGGGCAGCAGAGCGGAGAUCAGGCCGUGUGGAUGUGCAGCCCCGGGACAGCCCACCUCUGAUGGAACAACCUUCUCUACCCACCGGAGAAGACCCAGACUCGCUGCCGUGGUGUCCAGUGUCCCCUCCCGUGCAGAGACCCCCGAAUGUGCACCUCCUCGGCGGUGGGACCCCUGGGAGGACUUGGCUCUGGCCGGCAGGGAUCCACUAAUCGCCUAAACCCCGGGUCUACAUUGAGCAGCCCGCGGCUCUGCCUGGCUGGACCAUGAAGGGAGGGCGCCCCCGUACAUCAUGGGGUCAGUUGGCUGUACAAGGAGGCCAUCGUGCAGCUGGUGCGGGAGCUGCCUGAGAGAGACCACCGCUGCUCAAGUCACCGUCAUCGUCGCCAUCGUCAUCAGCCGGGCCCAUGGCAGGUUCCAGAAGCUGUUCUCUGAUGACAACUAAUAGUCUCUCCCCUCCCUCUCUCCCAGAAUGACUGGCAGCUCAUUAAAGCAGAAUUUGCACGCUC